UUCCCCGCUCUGAUCACAACAAAAAGCAUUCACAUGGAGGCGUCUAAGUACUCUUCUUCAUCCUCGUCUACGUACUCAUUGCCAAAAGCAAAGAGCGGCAACUCUUUGCAUUCUCCUUCCUCCAUACUCCAUGCAGUUCGAAAGUCUCCAACGAAGCCGUGGAAGAAGCCUGCUGUAGCGCCGCCGCUGCCUCCAAAACCCCCGAGAGUUUACAAGGUGGAUCCCGUUAACUUCCGCGACGUUGUCCAGAAGCUCACCGGUGCGACCGAGUUCCAGCCUCCGCGUCUUCAAACCGCCGCGCCUCCUCCUCUCAGUGUUGCCGCCCCGCUACCGCCUCCGCGACCACUACCGCUACCGCCGUCAGUCGAGCAGUAUAUUCCGACAGCAAAAACGGUACCGUUCUGGGCAGUGCACCCGCAGGAUCACAUGAUGUCGUCGGGAACACAGGAAAUCAUGAAACCCCAGAAAAUGUCUGAUAAUAGUAGUGAGGACCCACCAUUUUCUCAUAAUUGGUUUUCUUUCCCUCUCCUGAGUCCAGGAAGUAUUUCCAGCCUGGACCAGAGCACGUACGGCUCCUGAGCUCUUUGAUCACUUAGGCUGUCUGUCUCUCCCGUUUUUCUCGUGGUCUUUGGCCGCCAUGGCAGACAACGAUAAGCAAGCAAGCAAGAGCUAGCUACAU